AUGUAUGCCAAAGGGAAAGGAUCCACUGUCCCUUCUGAUAGCCAGGCGAGGGAGAAAUUAGCUUUAUAUGUGUACGAGUAUUUACUACAUGUAGGAGCUCAGAAAUCUGCACAGACUUUCCUUUCAGAGAUACGAUGGGAGAAAAAUAUCACAUUAGGAGAACCUCCUGGGUUUUUACACUCUUGGUGGUGCGUAUUUUGGGAUUUGUACUGUGCAGCACCUGACAGACGGGAGACCUGUGAACACUCCAGUGAAGCCAAGGCGUUCCACGACUAUAGUGCAGCUGCUGCUCCCAGUCCUGUGAUGGGCAACAUGCCUCCAAAUGAUGGAAUGCCAGGAGGACCCAUGCCCCCAGGGUUUUUUCAGGGUCCUCCAGGUUCUCAGCCAUCACCUCAUGCACAACCACCUCCGCACAACCCCAAUAACCCAAUGAUGGGCCCACACAGUCAGCCAUUUAUGUCACCUCGGUAUCCUGGUGGCCCUCGACCUUCCCUAAGAAUGCCAAAUCAGCCUCCUGUAGGAGUACCAGGUUCACAGCCCCUGUUGCCAAACUCCAUGGACCCCACACGGCCACAAGGACAUCCAAACAUGGGCGGACCCAUGCAAAGAAUGAACCCACCACGAGGCAUGGCAGGCAUGGGACCUCAGAACUACGGCAGUGGAAUGAGACCACCUCCAAAUUCCUUAGGUGGACCUGGAAUGCCUGGAAUGAACAUGGGCCCAGGAGGGAGAGGUCCAUGGCCGAACCCCAAUGCUAAUUCGAUAGCAUAUUCAUCAUCUUCACCUGGAAACUAUGUGGGUCCUCCAGGUGGUGGAGGACCACCUGGCACACCUAUAAUGCCCAGUCCAGGAGACUCUACAAACUCCAGUGAGAACAUGUACACAAUGAUGAAUCCCAUAGGACCUGGUGGAAGCAGGCCAAAUUUCCCAAUGGGCCCUGGUCCUGAUGGCCCAAUGGGAGGAAUGGGUGCAAUGGAACCUCAUCAUAUGAAUGGAUCGUUAGGCUCUGGAGAUAUGGAUGUGUUGCCAAAGAAUUCUCCUAAUAACAUGGCAGGGAUGAAUAAUCCUCCCGGAACGCCUCGUGAUGAUGGAGAGAUGGCCGGGAAUUUCUUAAACCCCUUUCAAAGCGAAAGCUACUCACCCAGCAUGACCAUGAGUGUGUGAUCCUCGUAUACACCAGUGCAUUGAGCCUCUCAAGCGGAGAACUGUCCAAGCAAUGAGGAUUACAAAUUAGUACAUUGUAUAUUUAAACGCAGGAAGGUUCACACCCUACAGGCUCCUCUACAGACACUAAAAGAUCCUUACAGAGCAAAUGAACUGCAUCUCUGCAAUGACUUGACCUAUGAAACAGUGGCGUUGAAGAAGGACAUUUCAGCCACAACCUUGUGAAGUUUCUUCUUGCUCUUCUGCCAAAUCCCAACUUGCAAAGAAUAGAGAUAUUUCCACAACUAGUGAAGCUGAGGUUCAACUUUCAGCUAAGUAAUUUGAGUAACCAUCGACUCAUAUAAAUGAAACCAAUCAAGAAUUAUAGCUCGGCUUCAAAGGAGGAGUAUAGGGAGAAUUCAACACUACCAUGAAACGUGGGAUUCUUUUGUGACCGUAAACAAAGAUCUUCUGACAUUGAAGAGUUAAAACCUAUCUCUGUGCAAGUUUCUGAUUUUAUUUAUUAGAUGUCUUUUUUACUUUCUGGAUCAUAUGGAGACCCAAACUCCUGUUGUCUUACCUCCAUUGCAGUGAACAUAAUAUACUGCAGCCCCAAAAAAAGCCUCCAACUGCAAAGUGUGUCACGCAAUAUCCAUUCAGACUCAUAAGCCAACUGGCGACAGAACAGUAUUGAAACCCCCUGAUCAUUGUCCACAUUACUUCUUCCUCCUGGAGAGUACUCUCUGAAGACAAAUUGAAAUGAAUACGAUUCUGAAAAUAUUUUUUAAUUAGUAUGUACAACAUGGGCCUUCUAUAUAUAAAAAAGAAAAUACAUAGAGGAAUAUAAAGAAAGCAGAAGCAUAAUUAAUAGAGGACAUUGUUGUAACUCAUCAGAUUAUACAUUCUAGUAUCACUAUACAGCUUAUAGCUGCCAGCCUAUCAAACUACAGUUAGGUCACUGUGCCCAAACACAUCCUAAUGACAAGUGUCUGUGUAUUCUUCUGCAUACGACUGGAAUGAUAAAUGAUAGUUAGGAAACAAGUAACUGCAUCUGUGGUAAACCCAGUUGAAUUAAAUAUUUUUGAAGGCUAUGUCUACCUUUGCAACAGAUGAAAGAAUGUAAUUCAUGACUGCAGAAUCAGACUACAUACAGGUUUGUGGUUAUGUAUGGAGACACAUAUGUCUGCAUAGGAGCUGUAUACAUGAAA